AUGCAUUAUUUUAUUUCGAGGUCGGGAUUGGAGAUUCCGGGUGGAUUGUUGGCAAGAGAUGUACCACAAAUAAUUCUUCUGACAUUCGAUGGUCCAGUAACUGAUCAAACAUUCCGCAUAUACAAAUUAUUAUUCAAUGGGAACUAUCGAAAUCCGAAUGGCUGUCCCAUAAAAGGCACAUUUUUUAUAUCGGCUGAGUGGAAUAACUAUGAUCAAACACAAUGGUUGAUAAAAAAUGGUCAUGAAAUUGCUGUGAAUUCAAUUACACAUCAAAGUUUGGGUGAUGAAACAGUGGAACGUUGGAAGAAAGAAAUGGUUGGGAUGCGUGAUGCACUGCGACAUUUUAGCUAUGCAAGCGCAACAGAUAUUAUUGGUGUACGAGCGCCGCAACUCGAAUUAGGAGGAGAUAAUCAAUUUGCUAUGAUGGAAAAAUUUGGUUUCAUUUAUGAUAAUACAAUGAGUGCAAGUGGUGGACCAUAUUGGCCACAAACAUUAGCAUAUAAUACAGCCUGGAAAUGUUCAUCAGUUUAUUGUCCCAAAAGUGAACACCCAAAUAUUUGGGAAAUACCAAUAAAUCGUUUCAUUGUACCAGGCUCACAAAAAGAAUUCACUAUGCUUAAAGAAGCUAUCCGCGCAUGUUUCUCAUUACACAAUGAUUCACCUUUGGAUAUCGCGGAAAUAUUGGAAAUGAAUUUUAAUCGUUCAUACAAUUACAACAGAGCUCCGUAUUUGUUAACUGCUGAUAAUGAUUUUCUCAAUUCAUUACCAAAUGAAGGCGCAAUCAUUGCAUUCAAACUGUUUAUCGAAAAAAUAUUAAAGAAUUCCGACGUAUAUUUUGUAACAAUCACGCAAGCACUGGAAUGGAUUAGACGACCAACACGUUUACUACACAUUCAUAGUUUUGAACCAUGGCAAUGCAAUGUACCGUCUAAGAGUAACAUUACUACCUGUGAGACGCCAUCCAGUUGUUCAUUCACUUGCAACGGCGAAACCAGAAUUCUUCGAAUAUGUGGUACUUGUCCACAAGUGUAUCCAAAGCUUGGCGAUCCCACUGGCACUGGGAAUUCAACAGCUGACCGAUAA